AUGCGUGUGGGUUUAUUGUGGGCUUUUCUGGUGUCCUUGGCAGCGGCAGACAUAGCUCUGAAUAAGCCAGGUUCAGGCAACACUUAUACCGCAAGCGGAGGUACAGUCUCUAUUCCUGUAGAGUUUUCCGACAAUGGCAAAGUGCCCACGUUAGACGUUAUUCAAUAUUACGUGUUCGCACUCUGUUACGGUGAUAAUACCGACGACUUUAAUUGUGUCACGGGAGACUCUAAAAUGAAGCUUUCUGACUUUGAUCAUAGUGGUGAUCUGUAUUCGACAACCGCCUCAUUUUCCAGUUCUUUGGUCGGCAACGGUCAGUUUUUCCUCCAGGUUAACGGCUAUAUUAGUGGUGAUGGCGACAAUGCGUAUCAGAGUCUCCAGUAUUCUGCUCGUUUUAUUUUGAAGUCCAUGUCGGGAACUAUUGCCACUACGCUCACGACUACAUCCCAACCUGCCAACCAGGUAGCAUACCAAACCGGUACCAAUACGGGUGCUGGUGACACAUCUGCGUCUUUCAGUAUCCCAUACACGGAACAAACCGGAUCUACUCGUUACGCUCCAAUGCAAACGCAGCCCUCAGGCUCGGUCACUGCGACGACCUGGACAAGGAGAUUCCCCACAAGCGGUGUGACGAUGUACUCAACUUACAAUCCGUCCAUGCAACAGGCUAGUACAGUCACUCCUGGUUGGUCAUAUACAAUAGACAGUGCGGUGAACUGGGCUUCGCCCAGGCCAUACCCAACCCAAAACGGGGCCUGGUACGACCCAAAGUCUAGGCAAACGCUCACCACCAGAAAGCUGAAUCUCAAACAAUGGGUGGGCACUGGAUUUUCCUCAAGUUCGUAA